UUUUUGGGUGAAUCCUUUCUCUUUUUUUUUAUAUAUAAUGUAAUAAAUAAAUAUUAUGGAUAAAUGAUAUACUGAAGAAAAAGCCCCCCGCUCGCACCCACGGCGGAGAUCCAACGGUCGGUCUCGCUCGCCCCGCUAUCGCUUCCUCCUCCUCCUUUCCCUUUUAGUUGCAGGAAAACCAGAUUCCGGCACCAUCUGAAUCGCGCUUCGAUCGGAAAGUCAGUGUCCGGGAUCGAUGGAGGAGAUGUGCGGGAUGCACUUUGCGGCGGGGGAGGAGCUGCAGGGCUUGCUGGCGCUCGCCGGGGACAGGCCUUCGCUGGAUUACGGGUCGGGGAAGCUGGUGGCGGUGAUCCCGGAGGAAGGAGGAGAGGAGAUGGCAGGGGACAUGAAGGCUCGGAUCGCCUCCCACCCUUGUUAUCCCAGGCUCCUCGAAGCCUAUAUAGAUUGCCAAAAGGUGGGAGCGCCGCCGGAGAUCGCGUCUCUCUUGGACGAGAUUCGGCGGGAGCACGACGUCACCAAACGGAAUGCCGUCUCAAGCCUCCCCGGAGCGGAUCCCGAGCUCGACGAGUUCAUGGAGACGUACUGCGACGUGCUGGGGAAGUACCGGUCGGACCUGGCCCGGUCGCUCGACGAGGCCACCACCUUCCUCCACACCAUCGAGCGCCAGCUCUCCGACCUUUUUACGCCUUCGACGACCACCUGGCCGCCCUACGUCUCCGAUGAGACUUGUGGAUCGUCGGAGGAGGAAUUCAGUGGAAGAGAAAUAGACGCCCAGGAGUCUCACUUUAAAAGGGAAGAUAGAGAUCUCAAGGACAACCUUCUCUGCAAAUACGGUGGUUAUUUGAGUAGCUUGAAGCAGGAGUUCUCAAAGAGGAAGAAGAAAAUAAAGUUGCCAAAAGAUGCUCGGCUGAAGCUGCUUGAUUGGUGGGAAGCGCACUAUGGAUGGCCAUACCCAACAGAAGGUGAAAAGAUGGCAUUGGCUGAAUCAACGGGCCUGGACCAGAAGCAGAUAAGUAACUGGUUCAUAAAUCAGCGGAAGCGUCACUGGAAACCGUCUGAGAAUAUGCAGUUUGCUGUCAUGGAUGACUGAGGCCAUAUAAAUGUAAAGGAGGAAAACUGACGUUCUUGACUCGGAAGUCCGCUAAUUUCUUGCUGCAGAUGAUGGCAAGAUGGCAUCAUCCUCGAUGAUGUAAACGCUUCCCAAGACGAAUCACGUAUUUGAUGGAACAUUAAUGUUGCUGGUUUUGUUUACGACGUCAUCGACCCUAAGGUGGCUUGUUGCCCUAUUUUUCAGUGCAUUUUCUUGAACCAGCCUAUGAUUUGGGGCAUUUUAAUUCAAACCUAAUGGUGUUCUGUAGUUUACGCAUUAGCUCUUCGAGGCUUGUAGGCUUGCUGCCAUGAAGAUGUGGUAUUUGCUCGCCAUGCUUGAUUUGUGAACUGUUUGAUUAUGCUUUCAAGUUACCGCAUCAAG